UCUGCGUCUCGCAGAGUCUGGUGUGUGACGGCCGCUCUCACUGCCAAGAUGGUUCUGAUGAGGUCGACUGCCCGAACGUAGCCAUAUCUGUAGCACGAGCAAACUCCCUGAAGUGCCGCGUCGGCUCAAAGCCGUGUAAUGACGGAAAAGAGUGUGUUUUGUACAGCCACGUGUGUGACGGAGAGAAGGACUGUCCGGAUGGAUCUGAUGAGCAGGGAUGCCAAGAAACAUGCAAACAAGAUGAGUUUCAGUGCGCCCAUGGGAAGAUGUGCAUCCCUGCAGCCGAGGUGUGUGAUGGCAAGUCACAGUGUCAGGAUCAGUCAGAUGAGCUGGACUGCUGGAUCAAAACCAGGAGCUGUGAGCACCGCUGCGGCAAGCGCUGUAUCCCAAAUACAUUCCUGUGCGAUGGAGAGAAGGACUGCCUGGAUGGAUCAGAUGAGGCGGGCUGCGAUCCUGUUACUGCUGCAUCAGCAGCUCCUGUUCUCACCUCCAGAUCAUCUUGCGUCGCUCCAUCAGUUCUCUGUCCAGGUUCAUCUCUGUGUGUCUCUCAAAACCAGUUGUGUGACGGACAAAAAGACUGCCCUGAUGCAUUUGAUGAAAAGAACUGUAUGAGCCAAUGCAAAAAUCCAGGUGACUUUUUAUGCAGUGACCGAAGGAUGUGCCUCCCUAAGUCAGAAGUGUGUGACGGCCGUGCCCACUGCCCCGACGGCUCGGAUGAGAAGCGGUGUCAAUCAGAAGAUCCUGUUUCUCCCUCUUCCAACAGUGCGCUCGGUGCCAAAUCCGCCCCAUUGAAGUGCCGCACAGGUUUCAAGCUGUGUAAAGACGGCAUGGAUUGUGUUAUGUUCAGCCAUUUGUGUGAUGGAGAGAGGGACUGCAAGGAUGGAUCAGAUGAAGAGGGAUGUGCUGCCAAGUGCAAAAAAGAUGAGUUCCGCUGUGCUCACGGGAAUAGAUGCAUCCCACCUGAGAAAGUGUGUGACGGGGAGUACGACUGUCAAGACCGAUCCGAUGAAAUGGACUGUUCGACUCAGACCGAGGGCUGCCAUCAUCGCUGUGAUAACAACACUCGCUGUGUCCCGGACACCUUCCUGUGUGACGGAGAGCGAGACUGCACUGAUGGGUCGGAUGAAGAGAAGUGUGGGACCGUGUCCUGUGCCAUCGAGCAGUACCGCUGUCUCAGUGGUCAGUGUGUGUCCGAGGCCCUGAGGUGUGAUGGAUAUGCGGACUGCAGUGAUCGUUCUGAUGAGGCGCAUUGCACGAGACCCCCCCGCUGCCUCACACAGCUGCAAUGCCCGAACAGCCACGAGUGCUUGCAAAAAGAGUGGAUCUGUGAUGGUGAAGACGACUGCAACGAUGGCUCAGACGAGAAGAACUGCGUGUUGUCGCCAGCAAAGUGCAGGGAGUACCAGUGGCAGUGUGGAGACAGCAGUCAAUGCAUCCCUCUGUCAUGGAGGUGUGACGGGUCGAAAGACUGCCACAACGACAUGGACGAGGACAAUUGCAGCCAGAGAAUUUGCCCCUCUCACCUUUACCAGUGUGGCAGCGGUGAGUGUGUGGACCCCAGCCUGGUGUGUAACGGCUUUACCAACUGUGCCGACCGUUCAGACGAGGGCGCGGGAUGCUCUCAACACAACUGCUCCAGCCCGUCAGCUCCGCGCUGUGAGGAUCACUGUGUCAGCACCCCAAACGGACCGAGGUGUUUCUGUGCUGCUGGUUUCAGACUACAGUCCAAUGCUGUGUCCUGUGUGGAGAUUAACGAGUGCAAUACUGUGCCGCGGGUCGUGUGCAAACACACCUGCCUGAACACCCAGGGGUCCUACAUCUGUAGCUGCCUCCCUGGCUUCUACCUGGAGCCGGACAACAAAAGCUGCAAGACCAGAGACGAGCCUUUGCUUCUGGCCUCGGUGCAGUCCGAACUCUUACUGCAGGGAGUCCACAGCAGCACCUUGCGUCUUCUGUCCUCGGCCAACCGGCCCGUCUUCUCUCUGGAUUAUCACUGGGCUCAACAGAGAGUUUACUGGCUGAGCCCCGACUACCAGAGCAUCCGCUGGUCUGACAUGAAAGAAUCGAAAAGGAAAGGGACACUCAUCAAAGGAGUAAAGUCUGAUUCCAUCGCUGUGGACUGGAUUGGUAAGAACAUCUACUGGGUGGAUGGACUGGUGGGACAGAUUCUGGCUGUGAAGCUCAGCGAUACCACGGUAACAUCUAAGGACUACACGGUGGUGCUGGGAGAAGAUCUGGAGCAGCCCAGCUCACUAGUCCUGCUUCCACACAGAGGGAUGAUGCUUUGGUCUGAGAUCGGCAGCAGCCCUCAGAUCGAGCGCUCCGGGAUGGACGGAUCGAAGAGGAAGGUGGUGGUGAGUCGAGGCCUCAGCUGGCCAAUCAGUCUGGCCUAUGACCUCCUGAACAACAGGGUGUACUGGGCAGACGAGAAGCUGCGCUGCAUCGGCUCUGCGUCUCUGGAUGGAGAAAAUGUCAAGAUCCUCCAGUUGGACGAAACACCAAGUCCUUUCUCAGUGGCCGUCUUCAAUGACCGAGUCUUCUGGUCCGACACUAAAAGAAGAACCAUCCGCUCAGCUGAUAAGAACACCGGCAAAGAUCAAAAGGUUCUCCUGAAGAGACCAGGGCAACCAUUUGGGCUCAAACUGAUGCAUGCCCUUUCCCAGCCGGCCAUAUCCAGUCCUUGUGAGCAGCUUCAGUGCUCCCACCUCUGCCUGCUGGCCCCGGCCACAAAAGCCCGGCCCGGAGCACUGGGCUCCGCUACAGCAGUGUGCCGAUGCCCAAAGGGGCUGCUGCUUUCCCAGGACAAGAGGGUCUGCGCUCUGCCUGUGGAUUCAACCUUCAUCAUGCUUCUGUCUCGCACCACGGUCUACCAGGUGCACUUGACUUCCAUGCGUCGUGAGGGGGUUGGUCUGAAAAAGAUGCCAAACGGCAGAGUUUUAGCCCUGCCCGGGGUAACUGAGGCCUUGGUACUGGACGUGUCCAUCCAGGAGCUUUCUGUGUUUGUGGCUGAUGCAGGACAGGGAUCUGUGGAUGUGCUGAAACUGAGCGGCUCCACGUCAAGACAGGGACUGAUUCCUACAGGACAAAUCCUAAAGCUCGGGGACGAUGCGGUCACAGCUCUGGCAGUGGACUGGGUGACCUCUAACCUCUACUGGAGCAGCAUCGCCAGGUCUGAUCUUCAUGUGACCUCCCGGAAAAACGCUUACACCACCUCGCUGCUGCAGGGAUCACUGAAGGGCACCACAUCCAUCGCCCUGCACCCACCCUCGGGACGAGUUUGCUACACAGCAUUAGUGGGGGCAGGUGGGACGAGCCAGGCGGAGGUGUACUGCGCCUGGAUGGACGGCCGUAACAAAGCAGUGCUGUGGAGGAAGUCGAGCAUCCCCACCUCGCUGGUCUUCUCCCACCAAGAUCCCAACGUGAUCUACUGGGCUGACACAGGGGAAGGUGUAAUCAGCUCUAUAGGAGUGGAUGGAACAGGAUACAAACAGUACAAGACCGGGCCUGGUCUGCUCAUCUCCUUCACGUAUGCUGAGAACAUCCUCCUCUGGGUCAGCCUGGACAAAGAUGUUACCAAAGUGUGGUUCAGUGACGGCCUCCAGCCAAACCAAAUGUGGUUUGAGACAAAGACCAGUUUGGUGGAAGUGAAAGCUUACAGCAACAACAGUCAGACAGGAACUAAUAGCUGCUCCAAGGACAACGGCGGAUGUGUCCAUCUGUGCAUGCCCUAUCCCGGGGGCCACACGUGUAAAUGCGGUCGGGGUUUCUACGGAGUUUCCUGUGGCCCGCUGCCCGCGUGCCCCCCCGGUGAAGAGUCCUGCUUCGACGGUAGCAAGUGCAUUAGCAGGCACAAGUUCUGUGACGGACACGAGGACUGUCCUGACCAGUCUGAUGAAGAGGACUGUCCAAACCCUGACUCUGCAUCUCUCGGGAGGUCAACCAGCGACGGUCGCCCUCACCCCAAAGCCCAACAGAACUCUGUCCCCUCAAUAAAGAAAUCCUCUUCGUCCUGUGAUCUCCAGCUGUGCAGUAGCCAUGGCAGCUGCGUCACAGAGGGCAAAGGGAGCCACUGCCAGUGUGAGGACGGUUACAAGGGAGAGUCCUGUCAGGAGGCAGAAACUGGGAAAAGCCAUGUGGGCGUGUUCCUGGGGGUGUUCUGCCUCCUAGGUGCACUGAUGUCGGCUGGUUUCCUCUACAAUAAAAGGAGACGCGUGAGGAAGACCUGGGGGAUGAUCAGCCGCAGAUCGGCAGAGAAGGAAACUCUGAUGGCCAACAUGGGUUUACCGUCUGAACUAGACGACUCCGACUGUGAGGACCUGGAGUCUCCGGUGGAUUCGAAGAACCCCCCGCUCCCGAUGAAGUCACUACAGCUCACAUAGAAGUUCUGCCUCCUGAAAUAAGGCAUCCUGUAAACACCUGGUGCCAUUCAAGACUCUUAUAGUGCAAUA